AUGAGGAAUAAUACUGUUGCUGAUAAAAACAGGACACUCAAGAUUCUUAAGCGUCAACUUCUUGAAACAAUUGAUAAAAAUAAAUGUAACAAUCGAAUUCGAUCAUUGACUAUAUUUUUAGCUUGUUCUUACAUAAAAGAUUUAAAAAAGCUAUUUUUUUUACUCAUACAAUUUGGACAGCACUGUAAUAGUUUGAUUAAAGCAAUUAAUUCAAUAGCAGUUGGGUAUAGUUGCGCUAUAAAAUUAUUGGAAAUAUUACAAAAAAUUCCAUCGUUUACAAAAUUGAUGAAAGAAACACUUUAUGUAUUGUGCUAUAUGCACACAGUUUCAUGGAAAAAUGGUAAAAAAAAAUAUUUUGUUUUUCAAGAUUUAUUUUUAAAUUUAGAAAAUUUUAACAACGACUCAAAACAACAUCUUCCUUUGAAAUAUAAUUCAUCAGCAACAAUCAAUUUUUUAGAUUAUAUUUUUAAAUUUUUGUCUGAUAGAGAUAGAGACACUAUAAGGGAUUGUAUAUUAUUUUGUCGUUUUGAAGAAUUUGAUUUAGCAUCGCAAUGGAUAGAAUGGUAUGAAGAAUAUAAAUACAAAAAUUGUAAAGACGAAACAUUUCAAUUCUACGAUUACCUAAGUCAAAAAAUUAAUUUGAAAAUAAAUUCUAUAAUUAUAAAUAAAUUUCAUGAUCUAGGGUUUCAGUAUGAUCUAAAAAACCAACAAGUCGGUAUACCUCUUCCAAAUGAGUAUUGCAUUGGCGAAUUAAAAUUGUUCACGAGACCUAAAAUAAUUCAAAAUGAAUCGGGAAAUAAAGAAGUGAAUAAUGUACCUCAAACUAAUGAAGAACUACAACUAAUCGACUUUCUCGGACAAGAAGUGAAUAAUGUACCUCAAACUAACAAAGAUUUACAAAUAAUCAAUAAUCCCGAACAAGGUANGAAUAAUGUACCUAAAACUUAUGAAGAACGACAUCUAAUCGAUUUUCUCAGACAAGGAUUAAAUCCUGUUGAUUCAUAUGAAGUUUUGUUAGAGCCAAUGGAAACUUAUGAAAAUCUAAUAAAAUAUCUUUAA